CUUUGACAUGCAGACGUGAUUAACAACAGCAGCGUGCAGCGCUUCGGAGCAAAGAAACAGCGAGAUCGAAAGGAAAACCGGAACAACAUCAACAAAAAAAAAAAAAAAAAAGGAGUAUAUUUGGGAUAUUUGCCUAUCGAGUGACACUCGUUGACAGCCUGUCGCGGAGACUUGGGGAUAACCUAUCGUCACUUUCCUCUGUGCGCCAUGCGCGGAUCGGACUGAGCAUCCUUUAGGAAAGAGACGCAGAGGUUUACCAGGAAUCUAAGGGCUGCUCGACUUCUUCGCCGGAAAAAUCUACUCUUCCUCGAUGUUUUUGCAUCAUGCCGGUUGAUUUGUGAGGCUCUUUCUUUUACUGGAUUUUCGCCGAAGGUCUCCGCGCAUGUAAGAGUGACAUGACUUACUUGGAUGUGGCUUCGUUAUUGUCUGCGCGUACUGCAGUACUCUUUUUGGCUGUUACUUGAGAGAGAGAGAGAAAAAAAGAGAGAGGCAUCCUCAGCUGUGAAGAUAUAAAGAAGGAGUUCUAAAACCCGGAUCUAUAACCUACACCUUCAAAAAAUAAUUACAUAAAAAUCCGGAGUUGGUCGUAAAUGACAUUCGCCCCGUUUCAGUUGCACGGUUAUAGAUGCAGGACUGAACCGGAUCGCACAUCCAGGUCCGGGAAAGUAAAGGGCAGGUGCGCUUUGGAGUCAGCGGCUGCGCGGAGAGACCGGGCUGGUGGAUUUAGGACGAUACCUGUCUGUGGAGAGCGCGUCAUGCGGACUCGGGUGUCGCGCACUAGAAGCCAUUAAAACCUGUAGGCUGGAGCAAACACAUAAGCCGAUAUGGGCUCUGCUCUGCGCCGUCGCUGGCUAGUGAUCCAACUCCUCAUGCAGGUGUGGCUAGCGGCAAAUCCAUCUUUGAGUGAACGCCCGUGCCCAAAGAGUUGUCGAUGCGAUGGGAAAAUUGUCUACUGUGAGUCAAGCGCCUUUCGUGAUGUCCCCAAAAACCUCUCCGGCGGCUGCGAGGGUCUGUCUUUACGCUACAACAGCCUUGCCAGUCUUCGCGCUGGCCAGUUUGUUGGCCUCAACCACCUCAUCUGGCUCUACCUGGAUCAUAAUUACAUCGCCUCUGUGGAUGGGAUGGCCUUCCAGGGCAUCCGCAGACUUAAAGAGUUGAUCCUAAGUUCCAACAAGAUCACGUCGCUUCACAACACCACAUUCCACCCUGUCCCUAAUUUGCGUAAUCUUGACCUGUCAUACAACAAACUGCAAGCCCUGCAGCCUGGACAGUUUCAGGGCUUACGGAAGCUUCUCAGUCUCCACAUACGCUCAAACUCUUUAAAAAUUGUCCCGAUGCGUCUCUUCCAAGAUUGCAGGAAUCUUGAGUUCCUUGAUCUGGGAUAUAACCGUUUGCGCAGCAUCACCCGAAAUGCAUUCUCAGGCCUCGUCAAACUCACCGAGCUGCAUCUGGAGCACAACCAGUUCUCAAAGAUCAAUUUCUCCCACUUUCCUCGUCUCUACAAUCUGCGGGCUCUUUAUCUGCAGUGGAAUCGCAUUCGCUCGAUGAGCCAGGGGCUGACCUGGACCUGGGCCUCCAUACAAAAGCUGGAUUUGUCAGGGAAUGAUCUAACAGAGGUAGAUCCUGUGGUUUACCAAUGCUUGCCCAACCUGCAGACCCUCAAUUUGGACUCCAACAAACUGACCAAUGUUUCACAAGAGGUAGUUGAUGCCUGGAUCUCUUUGACUAUGAUUAGCUUGGCUGGGAAUGUAUGGGACUGCGGCCCUGCCAUCUGUCCUCUGGUGGGCUGGCUGAGAAACUUUAGAGGAGCGAAAGAAACCACCAUGAUUUGCGCCUCCCCUAAAAAAGCCCAGGGUGAGAAAGUGAUGGAUGCUGUCGAAGCUUUCGGUGUUUGUCAAUCAAACCCAGUGACGACACUCACAGUGAGUAUUCCCCCAAACCCGUCCAGUGUCCCAGUGCAGAAGGAGCGUCGCCCAGCCAUUCUGGCUUCCCCAACUGGUUCUGGAAAGAGAGGAGAGGAAUCUCUUCGGCGUCCCACAUCAUCAGCGGUUACUCCACCAGUGGCACUUCCCCCGGGGCAAGACGCGGAACCUGUGUCUUUCCAUAAGAUCGUCGCCGGGAGUGUGGCCCUUUUUCUAUCCGUUGCAAUGAUCUUGUUGGUAAUCUAUGUAUCUUGGAAGCGCUACCCGAGCAGCGUCAAGCAGCUGCAGGAGCAUUCGGCGGCAGCACGCAAACGUCGCAAGAAAGCUCGAGAGACGGAGCGCACCCUGAGCUCCCCCUUGCAGGAGUACUAUGUGGACUACAAGCCCACCAAUUCUGAGGCCAUGGAUGUGCUUGUCAAUGGGACCGGACCGUGCACCUAUACCAUCUCAGGCUCCCGAGAAUGCGAGGUCCCCCACCAGAUGGGCGCCUUGACCUUCUAUCGCUACGAGCAGCCCAUUGUGGACUACUGCCAGGCCCAUCAGCCCCUGCGGCUCAACAUGGGCUACGAGGGACCCCCGCAGGGCCUGGAGGGGCUGGAGGACCUGGGGCCGUGUGACCGGGGCACUAUACAGACAGUGGCGCUCCCCGCCGUGCCCUCCGCCACCGGCAUGGGCGCCCCCGUGCCGGGGCCUCGUUCCCCACCGUCGACCCUCAGACCGCCCACUGAAGGUCCCGGCACGAAUCCCUUCCCCACAGUCGAGCGCACCGGCACGCUCAAAUUCGGACGCUAGCGAGUCCGCUGGUUUGGAGGUGGAGGCAAGAGCCUCCGAUUAACGUUGACUUU